AUGGUGGAACUCCAAUUAAACAAAGACAAACUUGGUGGAUUAGGAGUUAAUUUAACAGGUGCAAAUAGAUUAAUUAUUUAUGAUCCAGAUUGGAAUCCUUGUACAGAUGUCCAAGCUCGAGAACGUGCAUGGAGAAUUGGACAAAAUAGAGAGGUAACUAUAUAUCGUUUACUAACUAGUGGAACAAUAGAAGAAAAAAUGUAUCAAAGGCAAAUAUUUAAAGAAUUUUUGGCUAAUAAAGUUUUAAGUGAUCCAAAACAAGCAAGAAUCCUUAAAGCUCAUCAUGGUAAAGAACUUUUUACACUUGGUAAUGUUGAAGUAUCAAGAAAAUAUGGUACAGAAACUGCAGCUAUAUUUUAUGGAAAUAAUGGUGAAAAAAGAAGAGAAAAUUUUUUUGAUAAAAAAGCUAAACUUGAAAGAAAAAAUAAAAAAAAUGAUAAAGAUGAUAUAGAUGAAGAGGGUGAUGAAACUGAAUUAACUUCAGAUAAAAUUGAACAUUUAAAAUGUUUAAUUAAAGAACAAACAGUAAAAGAAGACCAAUUACAUGAUAUCAAAACAGAAGAAGAAAUAGAAAUGGUUAGUAGAAAAGAAAAUUAUAAUAUAAAGGAAGAAAAUAAUUAUGGUGACAAUGAUUAUGUACUUAAAGCACUUUUUAAAAAAGAUAUAGUUCAAUCAGCAAUAUCUCAUGAUAUAAUUAUGAAAAAUAUUCCAAGAGAUCAUCAAAUUAUUGAAGAUGAAGCAGAUUUAAUAGCAAAAAGAGCUGUUGAAGCUUUAAAUGCUUCUAUUAGGCAAAAACCAAUUACUAUUAUCCAAAAACAAAAUUUUCCAAUUAAAAAAGAAGUAGAAAAACAAAGUAAUCAUAGUGAUAGUCAUGGAAAACCUCUUGUAAAGUCUGGACUUGAUUUACUUAGUAGAAUACAAGCUAGAAAAGAUCGUUUACUGGAGGCUAACGAUAUAUUUAUUCCUGAUAAUAUGGUAAAUGAAGAAUAUUCAAAACAUGAAUCCUGGCCAACUAGUGUCAAGGAACAAAUGGCAAAAAAAACAAAGUAUUCAUCAUUAGCUGAAGAAAUUAAAAUGUUUUUUAUAUUUAAUGGUAACAUAUCAACAACACAACAAAUCGUUGCAAAUUUUAAAAAAAAAGUUGAUCCUGAAGAUUCAUAUAUUUUCAGAGCAAUUUUAAAAAAAUUAGCCGUAAUGGAUGAAAAAACUGGUAAAUGGAAGUUGAAAAUUUCAUAA